AUGUUUCUCUUGAUGGUGACUUGUGUAAACUGCAUUGAUCAGUAAUCGGGUGAUUUCUGAGAGUCGGAGAAGACAAUUUCCUUUCCACACGUAGCUCCAGAUUGCAGGAUAUAUUAGUAAAUGUCGAAAUACUCGACGAAAAUUGAUUUGCCAGGAUUUGGUCGUAAAUUGUGAUUUGAUGAACUAUGGCGAUAAGUGACAAUUGAGAACGGAAGCACAACUCGGCACCAUUGAUCCUCGAGACUGUUAGAAUGGUCGUCUGCUAAAAACAUUCCAUUCGAUAAAUAGACGUCACGCAGAUUGGCACCUUUUUCACUUUUGCCUUCUAAAUGGUGAAAACGUGUUUUUCAACAAAGGAAUUAUCUCAGAAACUUGGGAAGUCUCUUAAUUCUUAGACAGAACACACGCGUAAGAUUAUUCUUUAAUUAAGGAUGAUGGUGAAGGGUGACAUAUGUAUUUUGAUUCUGGUUUUAUUGACGGUUGUGGAAAGCAAAAGAUAUCCACGGCGCAAUAGGAACAAAGAAAAAGAUGAGGCUCAGAGAGAUGAAGGAGAACCGCACUGUGAAUUAGAAGUGGCAUGUCGAGGUGAAAAGAACAUACCAAUCACCUUACCAAUUAGAGGCGCCAAAGGACCACAGGGUAAAAAUGGUCAGAAAGGCGAGGCUGGUGAACCCGGAUCACCAGGUAUACCUGGUAGAGAAGGAAGGUCUGCGCCACCUGUACUGCGGGUAGCUUUUUUCGUUGGUUUACAGAAAAAUCAAGGUCCAGUAACUGAGAAUACGGACUUGGUGUUUGACAGAGUCAUUACUAACGUUGGUAAAGUGUUUAAUCAAGAUACUGGCCGAUUCACAGCCACACAUAAUGGAACGUAUCAGUUCAACGUUGUGGUAGCAGCACAAGGUAGACAAAGGGCUGCAGUUAAUCUUGUUCGAAAUGGAGAAAUGGUUGCCACAAUCUGGGCUGAAAGCAUCCCAUACUGGGCAUCAGCAUCUAAUUCCGCCAUUUUGGAAUUGAAAGGAGGAGAUCAAGUCUGGUUGGUGUUGCUGAGUCGCGCACCUUACAUCCACGGAUACAUGUACUCCACGUUUUCAGGACAUUUAUUGUUUCCAGCCAAAGAGUAAAUAAAAAAACACGCAAUUUUCUGUUUGGUUCAAGAUUGGUUGUGCGAACAAUAAGAUAACUGAUUUAUUUACAUUAAUUAGUGUUAGAUUGUUCUGAAGAGGGUUGGCUUUGUAAUUGUGUAGAAUGUUCCAAUGAUUUUGCCUUGAUUGUAACAUUUCUAUUAUUUCAAACAUAGUUGUUAACGAAGAUUAAUAAAAUACCAUAGAACAUAUCUAUAUAUAUACACAGGUAUCUGUAUAUCACGCACAUUCAUAUUGUUAGGAAUUGUGAAAUAGUUCAAAGAAUAUUGAAAGAUUUAUUGUUUGGGAUAAAGGGGAAUAACUCGUAUGGUUGGACCACUCUGCAAUAAACAUGCUAAUGUUUACGUUUUUAAAAUCAAGAGAGGGAAUAUGGUCGAUCAUUGUCAAUGAUAAUAUUCUUUAGUAGGUUUAACUUUUUAUACCUGUAGGUAACCCUAUUUAUAUAUUGACGCUUUUUAUAUCUCUUAGUAUGUGAUGGUAUCUGUAAACUUAAUUAAAGACCUUCUCUUAUAAUCCAAUUGUUAAGCUAGUUGGCUAGGGCAGCAUUCCUAAACUCGGGAUAUGUGAUUCUAUUUUCAUCUGGUUAUUUUCAUGGAGGUGAGUGGGGAAACAUUGUUCCUGGGUAUUUGUUGUGCGAAAGUGCUGCCAGUUGACAACCGAAAGUGUGAGUGGAGGUUUUAACCCUUUUCUAUUACUGUUUAGAAUGAAUUGUUAUAGUGAUAUAUUGCUGUUAUUUUUAUUGUUAAAAGAUGGUCUUAGUUGUGGGUAAAGAUUACAUGUUUGUUCUCUAAGCACAAACUAGGCUUAUGACGUCAAUGUGAAUUAAUUUUGUCCUAUUUCUCGUAAAUGGAACCAUAUCAUCUUCUUGUUAACUUUAAAUGUGAUUUAUUUAGAAAUAACGUUCACCACGGUUGUUGUUGGUUAGUUGUUAAAAUUAUAUUGUAAUAAAUAUUUAUACCAUUAA